AUGUCCUGGAUAACCAAAAACUGGAUCGCAAGGUAUUUAAAACCAGGGCAUAAAUUCAAAAUCGGCAAUAACAUCUGGGAACUUUCCGGAAAUCCAAUUAAUGAAGCCGAAUAUGAAGAUUUCUCCAGAGCAGUAUAUGAAUGCAAACUUGUAGACGAGAGAGGGGGAGAAGAGAUUAAAUCCCCUGCUGUUGUUAAGAUAUGGAUGCAGACUCCGGAAAUAAAUACUUAUGAAGAUUGGUUUUAUGCUAGCGAAUUGUAUGAUUUGUAUUUAGCGGAGAAUUUGGAUACAGCUGGAGACCCGGAUAUCGAUAUUGCUAGUCAUAUGGGCUCUCCUGAACAAUUCGUUUCAGCUGGCAAUUCGGAUAUUGCUAGUGAUUCUAAUUUCGCCGGGCAUUCCAAUCCCGCUGAUAAAUCGGAUUCGGAUGGCCAUUCAGAUAUCACCAAUCAUCCAAAUUCAAAUACCCAUUCAAAUUCUACCUACAAUUCAGAUAUCAAUUCCGCCACUCAUCCAAUUCCAGCCUUAAAUUCCCAAUCGCCCAGCAACAGCAACAGCAACUCCAACCCCAACCCUAACACAACCAACCUCAUAAACCCUCCCAAUUACCCAGAACCCUGGGACUCCGAACUAACCUGUCUAAACCUCCUCAACAAAUCCUACACCACUCUCCACCACACCCCCAAUAUCCCCAAUACCACCAACACUAGCGCACAAGAAAAAUCCAAAAUCCCAUCUGACACCUAUAAACCCUUCCCCUACGCAAUAGGUCUAGCAAAAUACAAACAACGACGUAAUUUUCCACUCGAGGGGGGAUAUCUCAAUAUUCCAAAAACUAGGAAUAGAAAACCGCGACAAAGCAAUGAGGAAUUUAUUAUUGGGAAGCAUGGAGAUAUCGUAAUGAAGAAGCAUGGCCCCCUCUUCCGCUUUUAG